AUGAGCAGCAAAAAACUCGGGGAACUUCAACGCAGUGAGGAAUUUCGCAUUCCCCAGGAGGGUCAAAGUGACGAAAGUACAUUAUCACCAGAACAAUGGCCUCUUUUAUUGAAAAAUUAUGAUAAAAUGAAUGUUCGUUCUUCGCACUUCACUGUUUUGGAUUGUGGAUGGUCUCCUCUCAGGAGACCUCUAAAGGAAUACGUAAAAUAUGGUAUGAUUAAUCUUGAUAAACCAUCUAAUCCUAGUUCUCACGAGGUUGUAUCGUGGAUUAAGCGUAUUUUGAAGUGUGAGAAAACUGGACAUGCAGGUACACUGGAUCCCAAGGUGACUGGAGCACUCAUUAUAUGCAUUGAUCGUGCAACACGUUUGGUUAAAUCGCAACAAAACGCUGGAAAAACCUACGUUGGUGUUUUGCGCCUUCAUGAUUCUGUGAGUGAGAAAAAGGUUGUUGCCGCUCUUCAACGUCUUACGGGACCUUGCUUUCAGCGACCUCCUUUAAUUGCAGCAGUAAAACGUCAGCUUCGUAUUCGAAAUAUUUAUUCCAAUCGUCUUAUUGAGUAUGAUAAACAUCGUCACCUUGCCGUAUUUGAAACUCAUUGUGAAGCUGGUACCUAUAUUCGAACACUUUGUGUGCAUCUCGGUCUGAUACUUGGUGCGGGUGGACACAUGGAAGAACUUCGUCGUAUUCGUACCGGAGUAAUAAGUGAAGAUGAUCACGUUUCAACAAUGCAUGACGUGCUCGAUGCACAAUGGCUUUAUGAAAAUGAGAAGGAUGAAUCCUACUUGCGCCGUGUUAUUCUCCCUUGUGAAUACCUUCUUACGAAUUACAAACGGAUAGUUGUGAAGGAUUCAGCUGUAAAUGCUGUAUGCUACGGUGCCAAACUUAUGAUUCCUGGAUUAUCUCGCUUUGAUAAUGGAAUUGAGAGAGAUGAUCUUGUUGUUUUGAUCUCCACUAAAGGUGAAGCUAUUGCACUCGCAUAUGCUGAGAUGUCAACAUCACAGAUGGCAUCUGUUGAUCAUGGUAUUGUGGCACGAAGCAAACGUGUCAUAAUGGACCGUGACACAUACCCAAGAAGGUGGGGACUUGGUCCAAUUGCUGUAAAGAAGCGAUCAAUGAUGAAAGAUGGUCUUUUGGACAAGUAUGGUCGCCCUCAAGCGAACACCCCAUCGGAUUGGUACUACGUCGACUACGGUGGUGUUAAAACUAACGCAGAGGGCGUUCAGUAUGGUGAAGCCCCAAGAAAGUCUGCGAAGCGCCCAAGGGUUGCAGAAGACGACUCUGAGUAA